AUGUCAAGUGGUCGUGGCCGCGGCUACACUGGAAGACACCACCUACGGGAAUCAAGACCAGGAGACAUAGAAACUGAAGACAUGAAUGCUGCCAGGACCCUAGCAGAACUUACACCAAGAUCAACAGCUAAAAGUUCGGUAGCACUCAUUACAGAGCCGAAACUUGAAGUUGAGGUAAAGGAACUGGAUGAGCCACCAAGUCCAGACACCACGGGUGAUGAAGAAGCACUUCAGGGUCUACUCCGUAUUGAUGAACAAUAUGCACCAUUGCUGCUAUUGCUAGAACAAUUUACACCCGGCGAAGACGGUAUACAGUUCAAUAGAAAAUUGCGCCACUUUGAAACUACAGUCACAGAACUUUGCCCUGAUGAACCCAGAUUGCAGCAAGCGUUUGCAACAUUUCGGGCAGCAUCCUUACAAAGUUCAGUGACAAGUCGGAAGUUGGCAACGGUCGGUGCCGCGUUUACAAGACAGCAGCGGCAGGGCUUACUGCGUACUACUCUACUUAAUAUAAUGCAAACUACCUUCUCCAAAUUGGAAGUUUUGGAGCGAGCUAACCCCUUAUAUCUUAUAAACGCUGCAAAUUUGAUAGGGGAUUAUUUUGCAGAGGCUCGCCUGUGUAAUGGUAAAAAGGUCCACCUUUUGGCGGGGCCGUUAGUACAAUAUAUGCGCUCGUUACUUGCUAGUGACGAUAUUAGAGCUCAUAGAAGUCUCGCCACACAACUAAUGCAAAAUGGGCGCGAACUACUGUCGAUCCUUUCUCAAGAACUGGAUGACCUAUCCAUAUCUAUCAGACUCAGGCUCCUCACUCCUCCUCCCAUCAGUAUCAUUUGGCUUUUGCUAUCAGCAGAUCUCUGCUUGAACAAAUUCCUACCGCUCCCAAACACAUUGCAACAAUUUUACGCCGCCCACCUUGACCUAACGAGCGAUGAGAACUUCUGCGAGGUCUCCUAUGGCUCUUGGAAGAAAUCUGAUAAGGAUGUCACAGAGAAAAUACCGCCAAACCUCGCUAAUCUUAGUCUGACACAAGACGAUGACGCGAAACCCAAGCUUAGACCAAUUUUGGGCGCUGGCGCUGGACUCCUAAGGCAGGAACAACAGGACUUUGACACUUGGAGCACCAAAACACCACUCACAAAACGAUAUGAUCUGAAUUCCUGGAGGCAAGAGGAAAAGGAGGAGCCACAGUUCAAUCCUAACGUCCCACCGCCAAAUUUCCACCAAGAAUAUCCAUUUUACCCAGAAAAUUAUUACCUACAACAAGGAGAUGGUACCUACAUACAAAACAUGAACUCAACCGUGAUACAAACGGAAAAAGUGAACAAUGAAGUCCAGAAGUGCCAGAAUGACUACAGACCUGAUGAUGAUAAAUUUAAAGGUGAUGAUGAUGGACUGAAGUACAGAGAUGACGAUAAUAAAUUCAGACAAAGUGAUGACAAGAAAUAUAAGCAAACAGAUGAUGAAAAAUUUAGACCGAAGGAUGAGGAACGUUCCGCUUCACGGAACGGAUCGAGACAGCGAUUGAAUCGCAGGAACAGUAACGAGAUUUCGGAGACCGCCAAAAAUAAUAGACGGCACGUUAGUGAUGUGCCACGAAACCAUAAAUAUUGGGAUCACGACGAUAGGUGUGAUAAAGAUUAUAACAGUUAG